AUGAAGGUUCAAACCAGUGCAGCGCUUCUCCUCUCCUCUUGGGUUCCAGCUACCUACGCUUGGGGUACCUUGGGACAUGAAACUGUUGCAUAUAUUGCUACCAACUUCGUCUCUGCUUCUACUAAAUCCUAUUUCCAAGGCAUUUUGGGUGAUAGCACUACAGACUACUUAGCAAGUGUUGCUGCCUGGUCUGAUUCGUACCGCUACACUACUGCUGGUAAAUUCUCGGCACCGUUUCAUUUUAUCGAUGCAGAGGAUAACCCACCUGAUUCGUGCGGUGUUGACUACGAGAGAGACUGCGGAUCUUCAGGAUGCGUCGUCAGUGCCAUCCAAAACUACACAACCAUUUUACAAAAGGGCACUGCUAGUGCUGCCAACUUGGACAUCGCAGCUAAGUUCGUCGGCGAUAUCCACCAACCGCUGCACGACGAAGAGCUCGACGUAGGCGGAAACACCAUCUCCGUCACCUAUGCCGGCAAAAAGACCAAUCUGCACGCCAUCUGGGAUACGCAAAUCCCCGAACAAUACGUCGGCGGAUACUCACUUGCCGAUGCGAAAACUUGGGCAGCUACCCUCACCACCGCUAUCAAGACCGGAACUUAUUCCUCUCUCACCUCGGGCUGGACAAAGGGUAUCGAUAUUGAUGACCCAGUCUCUAGUUCGAUGGUCUGGGCUCAGGAUAGCAAUGCCUAUGUUUGCAGCACGGUUUUCGCAGAAGGUAUUACGGCGGUGGAGUCGGGUGAUUUGAGCACGAAUGGUUACUAUGAUGCUGCUAUUCCCAUUGUUAAGUUGCAGAUUGCCAAGGCGGGGUAUAGACUUGCCGCUUGGUUGGAUUUGAUCGCUACUGGUACUACUAAUCUCUAA